AUGGUCGGAUCCGGUAAGAUCCGAUCGGAUCCAGCAUCGGAUUUGUUGACCUGGGAUGGUAUUCGUGGCGCUACUUUUACUUUCGCUGAUUUAAAAGCGAAAAAUAUUAGUAGCCAACAAUUACUUCAAUGGUCGGCUCCAGUUGAUACAGCAGAGCGCUAUCAGAUCUUUUUGGAUUCUGUUUCGAACUCAUAUUCAGCAUUCGAAAACGGAACAUUAUUCUAUAAUUGUACACCACCAUGGUUCGGGCCCUACUGUCGAUUCACAUUUUACCAAUCCGCUAAUACAUCGUCGAAUGAUAUGAUUAAAGCACUUUUGAUAGCUUUCAGUGUACUCGUUAAAAGUGUUGGAGUGACGUGUUACGAGCAUCUGAAGUGUCAAAUUUCGUUUUCGUGCCUGAGUUGGCAUAAUAUUUGCGAUAGAAAAGUCGACUGUCUUGACGGAUCUGAUGAAAUGGAUUGUUGGCAAUUAGAAAUCAACGAAUGUAAUGAGAACGAAUAUAGAUGUCACAAUGGGCAAUGUAUUCCACAAGAAUUUUUCCAUGAUAUUCCACUUAAUCCAGAUUGCUUGGAUCAAACAGAUGAACCGAUGAGACUUGAUUUUCAAGCAAACUGUCAACAUGAUCCCGCCUUUCGAUGUGAAGAACACACUUGUCGACCAGGCGUAUAUGAUUUUCCAUGCGGUGAUAGAGAAUGCACAAGUGAGACUUACUCAUGCAGAAAUGGUCGCGACAAAAUUCUACCCGAUGACUAUUGUUCAAAUGCUGCGGCUUGUUCUAUAAACCUAUCUCAAAUGAACGAAACUUGGUGUGAAGAAUUUUGCACAAAUAUAAAUUGUAUUGAAAAGUAUUGUGGUUCGCUAUACGAAAUUCAUACUGGCCCUGGUUUAUUAGGACAUGUACAUUUCCUAUUCACGAACGAAGAAGUGCUAUUUGAGUCUGAAACAAAGUUUUUACCAGAUUAUGUGUGCUACGAUGAAAAACUGUGCAUAGAUUUUCUCCCUGGUAAAGUGUCUUUAAAUGGGUCAACAUGUCGCCAUAGGGACGAGUUACAAUUAGAUACGCCUCAUGUUUAUCUCGAAUUUCUCAUACAAGUAAAAAGAUUAUUUCGUGGAUGUUUAGUAAUGGCUAAUAAUACACAUUAUUGUAAUCAUCCAUCAAUGUAUCAAUGUGAGAAGACAAGCAAAUGCAUCUCAAAACAUCGUCUUAUUGACGGCAUUCAAGAUUGUCCAUUCAAUGAUGAUGAGACAUUCAAUCAAAGUUGUUCACUCAACAAUACGCAUUAUCGAUUUCCAUGUUCAGUCGAUAAAACUAAAAUGUGCAUUUCUCCAUUAUUAAUUGAGGAUAACAAAAACGAUUGCGAUAAUGAAGAAGACGAAUAUCCAACAAAGGUCAUCUUGAGUGAAAAUCAGAUCAAUUUUCAAACAAUAUGUGAUAACAAUGAACAGCUGCUUCCUAUACUAAUUGAUGAACAAUAUGAGACCGAUGAAACAUCAUGUGACUUCUGGGAAUGUAAUAAUACCUACACGAGAUGUGACAAAUUUUGGCAUUGUAAAGAUGGAGCUGAUGAAGUCAAUUGUUCACCUUCCACUUGUCCUGAGUUUCAGCAUAGCUGUGUCUUCCCAAAUGACACAUCCAAAAUAUCGUGUUUACCAAUAAAUUUAGCCGGUGAUGACAUUGCCCAUUGUCUUGGAGCAACAGAUGAACGAAGUGGUUGCGUAAAUUUUUCACCAGAAUAUUAUGAAUAUAAAUUUGGCUGUCAGAAUCCAAAGCUUUGUAUUUAUUCGGCUUUGCUAUGUAAUAACAAAAGCGAUUGUCUGCUACAUGAUGAUGAAAUAUUUUGUGCAAACCCUCCCGACGACGAAUUCGAUUCACUAUGUUUCUUUUAUCCAUCUGAUUCUCGAACGGAAGUCGAAAACUUUCUCUGUGAAUUUGGUGAUCAACAGAGACGACCAAAAAGCUUAUAUUUUAUAUUGAGCGAUAUGCCGAUUGAAUAUCAAGAAAUGUCACCAAGUGCCGUUUUAUCGCAAUCAAUAGCACAGACACGUAUUGAAUCAAAUGAAAUACAUUCAAUUAAAACUAAUCGAAACAAUAAUAGCGGGAGUUGUAACAGGGGAAUUCCUGUUAUGGUGUGGAUGGGAGAAGAAACAAAUACAUUCUAUUGUCUUUGUCCACAAAGUUAUUAUGGUGAUUUAUGUCAAUAUCAGAAUCAACGUGUUAGCCUUACCGUUCAAAUACGGGUAACCAUGGAUUGGCGUAGUUUGUUAACUUUUCUAAUCCUUCUUAUUGACGAUGAAAUGAAUACCGAAUCACAUGAUAUUAUUGAAUAUUUUCCCAUUCGAGAUUGUGAUACUAAGUUCAAUAUCUAUUUACUUUACUCAACUCGACCAAAGGACAUAUCAAAAAAUUAUUCAAUUAGAAUAGAUGCGUUUACCCACGGAAAAAUUUUUGAAUAA